UUACAAGAGGCGAUCUUUCCCGGAUUCCGAUAACGCACCCUAUCGCUUCCCACGUUCGCGUCGACUCCUCCUCGACCAUGGCGUCCGCUUCCCUCCUCUGCCCCGCCGCCUCGUCCUGCCGCUCCGCCUCCUUCCGCCACCGCGACUCCUCCUCCUCCCCGCUCUUCCACCUUCCCCCCUCUUCCUUCCCCUCUCGGUCCCGGCGGCGGCAUCCCACUCCGUCCUCCUCUCCCCGCCCUCGCUCCAUCGUCACGCCCGCCGCCUACGGUUACGGUGGCGACGUGAUGAGGCCCCUCGACACGCAGACGCUCCUCAUCGGCGCCGCCGUGGUCUCCGCCGUCUCCCUCUCCCUCGUCCUCGGCCUCAAGGGUGAUCCGAUGCCGUGCGACAGGUGCGCCGGAAAUGGAGGCACAAAGUGUGUCUUUUGCAACGAUGGCAAGAUGAAGGUAGAAAAUGGAGUGGUCGACUGCCGUGUAUGCAAAGGAGCAGGGUUAAUACUAUGCAAGAAGUGUUCAGGUUCUGGUUACUCCAGGCGCUUGUAGCCACUGUUACUGAACAUUUCAUCCUUUCUGUUAACCAUUUACAUCUGAAACGAAAUUUGUACAGAUGAAUGGAGAAAUCUUCAGUCUCGAAAUUUCAGGUAGCUCAACACUAGAUCAGCGGACAUCGAUGCAGCUCGGGGUAUUCAUUGGUGCAGCCGCACCUCGCCGCCGGCAGCAUGGUCACCGUGAUGAUAGGCGCCGAUGACCAACAGCGCUACUACAGCUAUGGCACCUUACCGCUGGUCAUUCCCAAGGCAAUCACAGAUGUUUAGAUAUCAGUUCAAAACUAAUCUCUCCGUGCCAAAAUACAAGACGUCUUAAAUUUUAGAACAAAAUCCAACAUUUUAACUUCUCACUAAUAAUUAAAUUAACAAUAUACAUAUUUUGUAUUACGCAUGUCGUAGUAUCAGAUUCAUGCAUAAAAGUACUCUUAUAUUAUGUUAAUUUUGUAGUUGUUGAUAGUAUAUUAUGAGAAAAAUUAAUGUUCAAAGUAUAAUAUUGGAGACCAUGUUAGUUUUUUACAUGGUUCCUAAUAUUAUAUUUUGACCAUUGAUUUGUUUCAUACUAUACCAUCAACAUGCACAAAGCUAACAUCGUAUGAGAGAGAUCUGUUUAAAUAUGGGUUCGACGAUAUUACAUGCCUAACAUUAAACAUAUAUAUUAUUAAUUUCAUUACUAGUGAAAAAGUUACAAAUGUUGAUUUUACCAUAAUUAUAGACGCCUUAAUUUUGGGACAGAGAGCAUAAAAAAUCGGUAAACAAUUGUGUCAAGAUGACUAGUCUGAUAGUAUAAAUUAAACAGCCCAAUGUAAAAUUAAUUUGGAUCGGACCAAAGUUUGCUCAAGGACUCGAGGUGUUCGUUUGGAUUAGCCAUCUGAUUCACACAUGCCAGCUAAAUUUGUGAGGUUACUCAAGCAAAGGAGCAUCACGUCACACUUUGUUUUUCUCACAAAUAUCUUAAUACAUAGGCUGUGUUCUUUUGUGGAUUGAAAGAUUAUCUAUUUUUUAAUACCUAUUUAAUAUUAGAAACAGUGAAAUUAGCUACGGUAAAGUUAUAAACUUUUGUUUUAGAAAACUGAGAUGAUUGACUUUUAUAUAUAAACUUUUUUACAGAUAACGCACUAUUUAGAAGUUCAACAAAGCAUGCACGUAAUAUACGAGGAAUAAGUUGCAGAAAAGAACACAGCCACGGUCUUCUCUUUAGCCAGCACGACUAAAAAAUGCGUGUUUAAUUGUAAGGUUAUUUCUUAGAGGAAAAGAUAGUGUAGGAGACGAAUUUGAUCCAUAAGCACAAGCAUUGGAACCCAUGAUUCCUUCAAGAUGAGCCUCUACUGGAUAAGAAGAAGGGCCAGGCCCAUCAACGAGCACACAGGCCGGACUGUCCCAAGUUAAUCGAUCGACUGCUUUCUCUUAAGGAAUAAGUCCACCAGAGGUCCCUGAACUUGAAACCGAGUUUAUUUUUCGUCAUUUAACCAAGAUACCAGAAAUAUAUGUCUCUAAACUCCUAAAUCCGUUCAAAAAAGGUCCCUAGGCAGUAUUGACCGGUUUUGCUGACGUGGCGUCUGGUGGGUUCCACAUGUCAGGUUAUUUUAAUUUUUUUCUCACUCUUUCUCCUCUUCCUCUCCUCUCUCUUAUGCCCUUUCGGCUGGACCACCUUGGUGCAGGAUUGUUACUGAUAGCUGGUAGCUAGGCUAGUUUUUUCUUUCUCUGAUCUUAAUUAAUUUUUGUGUGUUUUGGUUUGCGCAUGCACAUGCAUGGAGGGAGGUGGUGAGCUACGAGAGCCCACGGCCAAAUAUCGACAUCCACAGGUUCAUCUUCCUGUUGUUCCGGCAGAAGCGCCGACAGGCGGUGAGCUCGCCGCCGUCCAGGGACUGAUUCAGCACCCGCAAGUUUGCCGGGGACAACGACCUCGGCCUCCCCAUCGCCGCCGUCUACUUUAACGCGCAGCACGAGACCACCGCCCUCGGUGCCACUAAUAUCUACCGACGACGACGACGUACCUGACCGAUCUUGCAUGGACAUACGAGCUUACUUGCUGCCUAUGAUCAACGAGCUAGCUAGAGCUAGCAUUUCUUGUUUCCCCUACAUUAAUUUCACUGUUAAAUAAGAACCCUGGUUGACUAGCUGCAGCUUGCUCGUAGCUAGCUACAGCCAAACUAGUAAUUGACGUACUCGUCCGUUUCAUGCACAUUAUCCUAGUUAAUUUGUGGAUUAAUCAAGGUGAUCAUCGU